AUGGAUCAUAUUAAAAAGUUAUUGAAAUACGAUGACAAAGUACGGCCAAAUAUUGGUGGAAGAAAUGAAACUCCAACCAUUGUUCAAGUGAAUGUCGGAGAGAUGAAGAAACGACUUCAUAAUAUGCCUCACCAUGAUCACGACAGACCCGAGACAGAUCAAUAUGAAUCGGAAUUACUCUCAAGAAACCAUGAAAAGAUACAAGCAGUACUCAACAACUCAAAACCAUUGAAACCAAGGGAAAAGGAAAAGCCAAAAGAUUUAAUUCCAUCCAUCGAGCCACUAGAUUUCACUAAAGAUUUGGACGAGUUGUUCAAGGGACUAAAAGAAACUUUGACACUUAACUUCGCGAAAGGAACAGAGGAAUAUCAAUUUUAUGCAAUGCGGACUUACGUCUAUUUCUAUAAUAGUGUGGUAGCUGAAAAAUUUCUCUUUUCCAAAUAUCAGCGACAACCAUUUCCAGUCAAAAAGAUGACCUUUUUAUUAUUUUUAAUUUGGGCAAGACAGAAUGGAUAUGCGUACAAAACUGUCAAAGAUUGCUUUUGUAAUUCUUUUUGUAGAGUAAUUGAACUCAAUCCAAUUCUAGGAGAAUCACCACGAAGUGCUCAUCCUGAAUUGGUGGGAGGAGUGCUUCGAUCUUUAGUGAGAAAGUACGGAAAGAAAACAUUUAAAGUUAAUGCAUUAUUGAACACUCAUAUGUUGGCAUGGAUCGAUGAGCUUGACAUGAACAAGUUUUCAGAUAUAAUGGUGAAAGCACUAAUUCUCGUUGGUAGAUACACUGGAUUAAGAGGAGACUCUCUUGUUCACAUGAAUUUGUCAGAUAUUGAAUUUAAAACGAAAGAUCAUGACGAAGAUGAAUUUAGCGUAAACCUUUACAUGACCAUUAGAAAAGAAAAGCAUUUACAAGGAUGUGAGACACGCAAAAUAUGUGUUCAUGGAAAGAAAUCACAAAAAUAUUGUCCUGUGAUCAGUUUACUCUAUUAUUUAUACGUGAGAAACAAAUCAAUGUUUAAGAAUGGAGUUAAAACUUGGAAAGAAUUUCUCACUUCGAAAGAUUUCUCGUUUGCCGCAAAUUAUACAGAUGAACCUUUGUUUGUUCAAAUCACUAAUAACCACCGAGUCACGUCGAAAGAUUUAUCUAACCUACUCAAAUCUUCCUCUAAAACACAUCUUGGAAUAAUUUAUUCAAUGAGAAGUCUUCGAUCUGGAUGUAUUAUCAUGAUUUUUAUUACAUUAGUAUUAAUUUAUGGACCUGAUAGCGUCAGAUCAUUAGGAGCUAUUCCAAUAAGCGUUUGGAUUGGUCAUCUUCGACAUGAAUCAGCUGAAUAUUACAUAAGACAAGCAAUCACCUUAUGCUUCAAUUACACUGAAUUCCAACAUGGAGUUAUUGACAAAAAUAUUACUAUUAAUGAAAUUGAUAUGAUUUAUUGUUCAGGGUUAAAGAAAAUUGUGAAAGAUUCAACUAUUAAGCGCUUCAAACCACCUCGUACUGUCAUAGAUGAGUUUAAAUUAUAUCUACCAAGAGGCAAGAAAUAUUCUAAUCCCGAAUUGAAAAACAAGCCAGUGGUGAUCCCCAGUUCAAUUAAGGAACAUAUUAAUGAAACUUACGAAUUAGGUAUUGAACAAGCUGAACGAAAGGAUACUGCAUGGUUUUCUUUUUUCAUGAAAUGUGCGGACGUGUUGCAAUAUACUCACAAUAUUAAUUGGAAUCAAUUGAAGACCUCAAAGAAGAAGCUUACUAAGACUGUGAAAUUUACAUUGGUGAAGAAAUGGAUUGUUGAGAAUUGGGAAAAUCAGUCUGACAUGUUGCACGAAGUGUUUUGUGCUGUGUCUGAUUCGUGGGAAGUUCCUAAUUGUGCCUUUCGUUACAAGAGAAGAAAAUCAGAUAAGGUUACUGUUGAGUGGGGUGGGUUUGGCUCCACCUACAGUAGUUCCUCGAUUAGAGCAGUGUUCAAAUAG